CCAUGGCGGGCGCGGCCGUGCUGCGCGUGCGGCGGAAGCGCGGCGGCCCCGAGCCGGCCGAGGCGCUGCUCCUGGCCUGCAAGCGGCGCCGGGCCGAGCCCGUGGAGACCAACCUCUUCAAGCUGGUGGCCACCGUGUCUUCCAAGAACGAACCAGUUCAGAAGUAUGUUAAAGAUGCUAUCACGCGAGACAAGGCAGCUCAAAGCCUGCGCCCCUCUUUGGGAAGCACUCAGCGGAUCGUCCAGGAGCUGCGUUGUGCCAAGCAGGCCAAGAGGAAGGAGAACCGGUACCGGGUGGUAUCGAGCCAUCGGCCCGACUGCACCGGCUCCGCUGCACCUGGCACGCACAGCUCUGAGGCACAGCAGGAUGCUUCACCAGAGGAGAGCAGUGCUGUCCAUCAGAGUUCAGACUGCUGUGGGAAAUUCCAGCUGUUUGAUAUUGUACAAGAAGAGGAGACAGUGGGAGAUUCCAGUGUAGCCACUGCAAACCCACAGAAGAAUGAUCCAGAUGCAAUUCUCUGCAAUGCAGUAGAGAUGAUCCGUGAGCGUUUAAAUGUUUCUGAAGAUGGUAAAAAAGAACAUGGUGGCAAAGAAGAUGAGUACGUUUAUGACAUCUACUAUAAGGAAACAUCAGCCCCUGAUUGGAUUGAAAAUAUCCUUUCUGUACAGCCCUAUAGAGAAGAAUAUGAAUGGGUAAAUGAUGAUCCUGGUCCAGAGGAAGUAUAUGAAGAUGAAGAUGAUGAAAAUGAUGAAAAUAACUGGCGUAAUGAUUAUCCUGAAGAAGAUGAAUUCUUACCUGAGGAAGAUGGAGAAAAAGACUCUGAAGAGAGCUUCAGUGAUGAGGAUCAAUGUUACAGGAGAAGAACAUGGGACAAAUAUCGACAGGAGGUUUUGCAGGAAUUCGGAUACGAUGAGAUUGAAGAUUUGGGGUCUGACUAACAGCCUGGCUUUGGAGAUGAAAUGCAUACUGAAGGUGAACGUCUGCUGCUGUAGGAGAAUACACUAUCUGAGCAGCCAACUUCAGCUGGUGGAUAUUAAACAGAUGGAUGUGACUAUGGCCACUUUAGAACACAAAUUUUUUUCCAAGCACAAGAUGCUCUCUGCUUUAAAAUAGAAUUUUCCACCCACUGCGUGUUAAGGUUUUGAAGGGACCUUUUAUUUAUUUUUGUUUUCCCAAAGCUGCAUGCCCAAGAGUUUGUACCUGUAGCAGAUGUACAGAUAUGGAGGAAGUGUUGGCAGCAGCCCUUCUGGUUAUGGCUAAUAUAUCAGGUUUCACAAGAAGAUCAAUGAGUCUGCCCUGCUGGCAAGUGGAAGUCCUAGAAAAAGACACCCUAUCCUACUGUUUUGUACUUCAUUUGUUCCUAAGUGUCAAGUGACUUUCAUCACAAGUGUUGAGCAUAUGAAAUGCCUUGACCAGUCUACUACUCUCCCCGCAGUUCUAAUGUUGACCAAUGUGCAUUUAAAUUGUAAAUAAAAAUUUUUUUGACCAA